AUGCCGAAACCAUAUCGAGUAGUGAAGUUUCCAGAAGAGAACGACAGUUUGGCAGUCGUGCCAACAUCUUGGCUUACCCAAAAUGAAGAUCUUUGCUUCUGGCCCCAAUGUGUCAAGGGGUCAGAAGUAAAGAACAUGAUCGAAAGCCAAGUCGCGCCUCAGCAAGACUGGGGUACCUAUCCAGUUGCUGUCAUGGCGAGGUGCAGCACUUAUGACAAGGCCUCAAGGAGGUUAAAGAAGGCGGAGUCUGUGUCUGGCGUCGACACCACAGAGCAGUCGGGCAAUGAUGCUUGCCAUGGUGAUGACGACGACGAUGCAGCCUCACCUCGACUGGACCUGCCUGCACCGCCCUCUGCACCAGCUCAUGAGAGCAUCACUGGCUCAUCCCUGGAGCCACUUGCAUACGGAGGCCCUGAGGAGAUGAUGCCGGUGAUGCUGCGGGUGCUGCGGGUGCAGCUAGAGGUGAGGCAGCAAAAUCGGGAGCUUCAUCACGAGCUGCAGCAGCUGAGGCACGAGGUACGGGUCAUGUCUGAGAGGCUUCAUGAAAUUGAGUCUCCUGACAGGACCCGUACCAUGCCUCAACCUGGCCAGCGUACGGUGCCUGCGAGUCUUCCUCGGCUGCCUGCCAACAGCUUGGAGGAGCUAGAGGCAGCCGAGGCAGCAGUAGGCGAUGAAGCUGUGGCUGCCACCUUGCGCAAGCACCUCCUACAGAUAGGAGGGACGUCUCUGCGCGAGGUGGCAUCGAAUGCCAUGAAGGCUGUAAUGGCACAUCCAGUGCAGGUGCUUUACAGCCUUCAUGGCAGAAAAGGCAAGCGAGCAUUCAUCAACUUGAAGCUUUGCCGUAUAGUCACAGAUGUCUGCGAGAAGGGCCAGGUAGACGUCGUGGAGGCACAGAGCUUCCUGAAGAAGUGGUUGCCGGGGUCUGUGGACAGGGGUGGCGGCAGGAAGAGGCGUUUCGCCGAAACGUUUGCAGCAGAGGAGCCCAAUGAUCCCUGCCCUCGGGACAGGGAUCAUUGCUUGACCACUGCUGCCCUCUCCCUACCCCACCCUUGCCCUCGGAGCCCUGGCCCGUCCGACCCGGCCCUCGGAGCCCUGGCCCGUCCGACCCCAGCCAACACCUAG